GGUACUUUGGUCUCAAGUAUACUUACUUCAUCCUAGUAACACGGACGAGAGCUCCUUCCUAGACUUUGGCUUUUUCCUAAUCCCAGCAGUAUUGUCUACAUCAUUUUCAUGUUCACCGUUCAACUUCAAAAGAACCAACUUGAUGACAGGCCUAGUAUUUCAGAGGAGGUAUUUCAGAGUCAUUGAAUAAUCGUCGCAGUGUGCUAGGGCAUAUCGCGUGGAAAGCACGCAGGUGCGGGGGAUGGCACACAUCUGACACAACGCGCAGAUGUACUUACAUAGGGAAAUCCGCAGGUCGACUACUGUCUCUUUGUUUUUGUAGCGGGAAGAACAAGAUGAUUGAAUGACGUCACCUUUGCUGUAGACGAGCUGCUACUCCAGGGACAAGAAGGCAGUGUUGUAUUUAGCACGUAAACACUUAAAUGCGGAUACGGAUUCAUCAGACAUCGAACAGGACUUUCUCUUUUGCGGAGUUACCACCAGGAACAAGCGGCAGACACGAGUAAAGGAGCGUCGACCUAUUGUCAGGAGCAGGACAGCACAGUAAUACUUGGAGCAGAGUGCUCCUCACCACGACCAUUCGCGAGCUGUAAUAUUAGAUGAACCGAUACAUUAACCUCCACCUCGUCGAGCUCGCCGCAACGAUUGAAUAAGAAGUACACCCUACCCCUAGUACUACUCGAGAGUCGAGUCAUCACAUCUUCCGGUGCGUGGAUUUAUUAGAGCUUUGCAAGAAGUCAACAACAUCAACAAUAAGGUCACCAUGGUGGUUCACCGAGCAGCGGGCGCAGGCCUGGAGAUAGGACAGAAAUUUGCGGUGUCGUUCAGCUGGUUCACUUCAUUCGUUCUGUUCGUCACCGUCUUCGCCGUACUCUCUUUCACGUAUCACUCGCGUGUGGAUACUCAUCUCGUUUCCACGGUUGGUCUCUUCUUCGCCGCAAUCUACUUAUGCUAAACUGCUUUGACCACUAGCACAGUCUAACGUUAUUCAAUUUGUUGGUAACCUAUGGAUCUAUAUUUGUAACAGUAGACAUUGCUAUUUCUAUGUUGUAUUUGUUCACUUGCACUUGUUCCACUGCAACUGCAUUCUUACAUUCUCUUUCUAGUACUUCUAGAAAGCGAUCCGGAACCGGAGGCGGAGGCCGUGAAGAAAGACUCUCGUGGAGGCUCCUGUUUGGUAGUUCUUUAGACGCACUUCUUGAUCUUGACUCACUCGGACCAUUGCUUCUAACCGUUGGCUUUCCCAAUGCGGAAUCACGUUUCCGAGAAAGCGUUUGGAGGUGGGUGCCUCUUUUUUCAUGUGGGGGUUCAGUGUUACUUGCCACUUGGCUCGGCGAGACCAACUACGCAUGGUACCAGCGCAAUUUUUAUGUAGGGCCAUUCAGAAGCUGUUGCUUGAAAUGUGAAGCUUAAGCUGUACUUGUAGAAGGGCGGAGGUCGACCAAAUGAUAAUGUUGUCUAAAAGAAUAUCAAUAUUUAUACCUUACCUACGAAAGUAGCUCCUAGGUGGAGCAACAAAAAAUAGAUGCUUUAAAAUGGAGAUGCAUUCGGUCAUGUUUAUAAUCAUAAUGUGCUAGAUUUUUUCCGAUACGCUUGAAUUGCUUCCUCUUCAUUCAUGUUUCGACAUCGAGUAUGGGCAUGUUUACACGGGAGUAAGAGCAACGAAUCCCGGGACAUUGUAUACCGACGCCGCCGUCAUUCGAUUCUCCUCAGACGCGCGACUUGAUAACACCAGAGUGACCGCCCUCACUGACGAAGACGGGACAUCGUAGUUGUUUUGGUUUUGUUAUCUUGUAGGUAGGUACUAGAAUUAGAAGUUAGCACAACUACUUCUGCUAAGUGGAAGUGUACUUUUUUACUGGAUAUGGACUUACUUUUGCAGUAGCAUCUUAAAAAUGCUGGUCUACUUAACGUAUUUAAUUUGGUCUUACAGGUACUGUGUCGCUCCAGUAGUAGACCAAAACCCAGUGAAAAAAGGGCUUCCAUACAGCUUUUGGGCAGUCGGGACUGGCUGUUGCGCACCUGAAAAACAGGACUUUUGGUGUGGAAGCGAUAGCCUCAGGAAAAAACUUACUGCAACCGAGGUCGAGACUGCGAAGACAGGACUCGUCGUAGGGUCGACAGGUGUCGCGGUUAGGAAAAUUAUGAGGGGUUAAGAAAAUUAUUGACGAGGACUCGAUUGACGUUAGCUGGCCAGACUAGUGAUGACCAUGGUGAUCUACGUAGCUGUUUCUUCCGUCACGAUGUUCAAGGCAAAGAGAAAAACUCUGACACUCAAGUAGCUUCUACCACUUACCUCUGUUUGUUUUAGGCUAAGCAUGGGGAUUCAUUCGUAUUAAUUAGCAAUUGCUGGUUAGUCUUGGAAGAUAUUGAAUUGACAGCCACUCGAUUCCGUACCUACUUCGGUUUUGCGACCCAGUGACUAGGGUCUAGAUACCUCGUACUGCACAAUAUUGCUAAGACACAGAUCUCGACGACGUCGAUGUCACAAAGCAAAAAAGACGAACUGGCCAUGUUUGAGCGAGCAAUCAAAAUGGCGAACAGUCGACACGCCUUGCCGCGGCCAACCGCUCAAGACUCACUUGUACUCCUAAACUGGACGACAAGCGCGACAAAGGUAUUACCAACAUGAUAGAUGAUCUAAUGGGGUGACAGUGUUGCAGUUUUAUGGUUCAAAAAUCCGCUACUAGUUUGUUCUGACCUUCUCGAGGAGAAUCAAGCUGAAUCAAUAUAUCACAAUCAAUGAUACGUCUACAACCUUUUUCCCUCACAGACAUCGGAGUUUUACUUUUUCUUUUCCCGCCCCCAUGUUUUUCACCCUCUUAUCUUUGAAAAAAAUGGUUCUUCACAUCGGUUCUCUGAAAAAAAUGGGCCAUCGAUUCGUGCUAGUACUGAAAUAUAAGAAACGCGAAUGACAUUGACACCUCCAGGAUAAGUCGGAUUAUCGACAGGCGGGUUUGCUAUUCUUCUGGGUAUCGCUUUUGCUAGUACUAGCGCUGUACGUAAGCUUUCUCUUGUUCGCGCAGCCAGGAGAGACGGACCCAGCGCAUCCGGACUGGGUUGCGGCUACAGCAGCUGGAAUGGGCGACAGGGGUCUCGUUUUGCAACAGAAUCCGAUGAUGCAAAGGGGCAGAUAGAUGAAAUACUACAAAUUCAAAUCGAUUCUCUCUCAGAAAAACUCGCUGCCGUUGGAACAAUCGGACAGCAUUCGGAUUCUACCUUGUGUACUGAAGCUACACUAGUAUCACUUCAGAGCCAGUGUUGGUCGUGACGGUGACACCGGAAUAAAUUAAGCAUUCAGAUGAAUUUCCUUGCAUGGCAAACGCAAACUUCAGAAGGUGGAAAAAUGUUCAUAAUUGUCUUCUGCCAUCCAAAAAAGAAAGAAACUGAAACAUUUUUUUAUCAAGAUAGGUGGCUGCAUUAUCGAAGGCACGGGUCCACAAUUUCCUUUACCUCUUUGGCUAGUUCAGGACUUGUGUACUACAGUGGUAAGAAAGAAAGCACCACCAACAGAAACACUUCAGUAGAGAUACCCAGCAGUAUCAAGAAGGAAAGGGAUCAAAAACAGCUGGACAGGCAUUCAA